GUCAAAUAUUACACUACGCCAAAUAUUAAAUAUUUUACACGUAAACUUACUUUAAAUUAUCUAUAUAACAAGUAUGAUAUUUAUUAUUGCUGAUAUGAGUCGAAGAUGAAGAUAUAGUAAUGCGGAAAGUGCGUAUGUUAAACGGACGUGUUUUUACUAUGACCUACAGAUUCGCAUUGGCCACCGGAAGGUGUAAAACACUGGUAAAACAGUUUUAAUUUCUCAUCAUUGAUGUUUGUAAAGUCGAUAUUACUGUGAAUUAUGGCGGGGAUUGUGUGUCGCACUGCAAGCCGGAUUAUAUCGAGUCAAGCAUCAUGCAGUUCUGUGGUUGCUGUCAGACACAGUCACUGGUUCACAUCAAUGCUUUCCCUGAAAACCUCAGUGCCAUUAAGAGCAGAGCCCAAGAAGAAGAAGAAGGUGGACCCGCGGCGAGAGAUAAUGAUAAAAGAGCGUCUAAAGAAGAAGCUUAAAAAGCUGGAGAGAGUUCCUCCCGAACUGAUUCCCAUUGAAGACUUCAUUACAUCAGCCAAGAGCUUUGACGAGACCAGGAUCCGUGAGGCUCCUGAACUGAGCUUCGAGGAGAGCGAGCGCAGAGCUCUUCUGCUGAAGGAAUGGUCCCGAUUCAAGCGUUCGCAGCACCUGACGGAGAUGCACGAGAUGCAGGAGGCGCUGGAGGCCCAGAGACAAGCGCUGGAGGAGCUGAAACUGGAGUCAGAAGAGCUUUAUAAAGCUGCCGUUAGUCCCGAUACCGACAUCUUCCCUUUCCAGCACGACGGCCCCUCUUACACGCCGCCCAUUACAAACUACGAGGCCCCAGAAGGCAAAUAUAACGACAUUACGCGGGUGUACACGCAGUGAGGCCGAGUUACGGCUCUCAGAAGGGAUACAAGUGUUGUUUUCUGGAUCAUGACUGACGUCAAAAUCAUCAGAGAAACGGACUGUGAGAAUGAAGAGCUAAAUUAUCUUUAUUAUAAUGUGUUGUUCUUCGUCUGCUCCAUUAACAGGACAAACACGAGGACAAAGAAUAAAGAUUUUGCAAGCCUUGA